UUCGUGAAGGCUCACAUGGAAAAUGCAUUCCACUCAGGUCAUUGGCCAUCAGACGCUCAGUACUGAGAACAUAGAAAGGGAACUCUUUUAAACCUGUUUGAUAAGGAACAUGUAUCUGUGGUCAAUAUAACCACAUCAACCUGUUUCAUCUGUGGAUAUUGGUUGGAGAGGAGAAGGGGACGAGGGACAUACAUUUUUCUUAUGGAGUUUUGUCUGAGUAAAUAUAGGGUAUAGUCCACUUGAAGAGUUUGGGAACCCUGUUUUAAAUGACUAAAAUGUCAAGUGAUUGGUGGCGCCCAUUUUUUAGGGAGUGGAGGAACGGUGGCUCUCUACCUCCAUUACCGGAUGCAGUCGAGGGGUUGAUGAAAGGCAGUUGGAAUAUGAGGAUGGAUCCCAGGGAUACCUACCCUACUACCAGGGGCUGUCUCCGGACAGAAUGUCUCCUGAAGUACACUCCUCCUGUAUUACUCUCUACGCCAUUGUGUUCCCUGAACAGUCCUUGGUGGAUGAGAUGGAAGAGGAGUGCUAGUAUACUGAGGAGGUUUUUGCCUGAUGUAUGGAAGCCUCUAGUGCCAUUACUCAGCUAUGGUGCCACCCUAUUGGUCAUGGUGUUGUAUGCCCUGGCAGAUCGGCUCCGCAGCUUUGUUGCUGAUAUCUUCAUUCCGCAGUACCACUACCAGUUUGCUGUACCAAUCACAUUUGUCCAGGUGCUGGUGACUCUGCUAUACUUGCUGCUCCUCCAUGCCAUGGGCCUGGCACCACUGAAGCCAUACUCUUUGUCUCUGGGUGAACGCCUGCUGGUGCCUUCUGUCUGUGGCAGUGCCCAAACUGUGCUGGGUGUGUGGGCAGAGGCCAGUGCCCACUCCGGCAUGUACACCCUCACCAUGCGCCUGCUGCCCCUGCUCUGUGUGGGCUGGAGUCACGGCCUGCGCCUGGCAGUACCGCCAUCAGUCCACCUAACAGGCCUUAUCACGGUCAUCACUUUCACCUCCGUCACUAUCACAGUGUCUCAGGGUCUCCCGUCAGUGGAGUUUCUGGAGUGUCUCUACGCCCCGCUGGCCCUCCUUCUCCACAGCCUUUCUCUGACCUGGCUGGCCAAGGUGGCUGAGACCGAGCACCGGCACCACAGCAGCUCCCAUACCUCGCCUUUUGACCUGUACUUCACCCUGAUGGUGAACCAGAGCCUGGUGCUUGGCUUCCUGUGCCUGCUGCACCCAGAGAGCCCCCGGGCACUGGGCGAGGGUAGCUGGCACAGCCUGCUCUUCAUGGGCUACCUGCUGGCAAUACUGCUGCUGGGAGCUCUACAGCAUCUCUUGGUGGACAUGGCCGCUCUGAGCUUCUCUCCGCUGGCUGCAGCGCUACUCCACACGGCACACGGAUUAACAAGACCGUUGUACAGCCUGUUGUAGAUGAUCCAACAUGGAGGAGGAUGAAGUUGACUCUAGAGACUAUUCAGAAGUCAGUUGCCUCCCUCAAAUCAGAUUGCAUUUGUCACAUACACAUGGUUAGCAGAUGUUAAUGCGAGUGUAGCAAAAUGCUUGUGCUUCUGGUUCCGACAGCGCAGUAAUAUCUAACAAUUCCCCAACAUCUACCUAAUACACACAAAUCUAA